UUUGGUGGUCAAACGGAUCCUUGUGCUGUUGCUGUGAACCCGAAAUUAAGUUAAAAGCGGGCGUAUAGAUGACUUUUCCACACUGGGAGUUUAUUCUUUAGACACUCUGGAAACUCAAGACACGAUUUCAAGUUGUUUAUAGAGAGACUGCUCCGAGUUUCGCUGUGCUUUUCACAGGCAUGUCAGGGUGAGCGGCCUGCGGCGCCACCGAGCAGGAAAAUCCCCGGAUCGGUUCUUGGCCUUUAGUCGGUUUCGAGAUUGGAGCGUCUUUUAACAUCUUUUAAAGGAGGAGAAUUGAGCUAAUUCUAUCUCGAACGUGUGUUCGAGGGAUCAGAAAGGAGUGAGCGGAUCUGAAGGAAUCCGGUGGAACCGGUGUGCCCCUUCCUUCAUCUUCCAUAUCUAGUUUUUCACCUUGGAAGGAUGCCUCCACACGCGGUGCUCUGAGCACGUUUCGGAGCCAGCGAGUGCUCCGGGAGGUUUGAGGCGUAAUACAGCUCCCAUUUCUCACCUGUGUUGGUCCUGCUGAGCCGUCAAAAUAAGUUCCUCACUGCCCCCCCACUUGUCGCAUCGCGGCCAGUCCAGCAACCCCUUCCCCCUGGAUUCGCACGCCAAGCGGUCCCACUAUGGCACCAAGUUGAAUCCGUAUACGCGGGCGCGGAUGACCGAGGCAUGGCAGCAGCAUCCUGUCGCCCCGCCUCCUGUCGUCCACACCAUCCCGCCGGGGUCGGAGAACGCGCUCGGAUGCGCCGUGUACGGCAUCGUGCUGCAGCCAGACGCUCUGCAGCAACAGCAACAGCAGCAUCACAGCCAGCAGCACAGCCAGCAGCAGCAACACCCGGCUCAGGCGCAGCAGCCGUCGCUACAGGUCGGGAGCGAAGGAGGCCACAAAUGUGGCGCGUGUGGUCAUGACAUCUCACAUCUGGCCAAUCCACACGAGCACCAGUGCAUGGUAAGCCAGGACCGCUCGUUCCAGUGCACACAGUGCCUGAAGAUCUUUCACCAAGCCACAGAUCUCUUGGAGCACCAGUGCGUGCAGGUGGAGCAGAAGCCGUUUGUGUGCGGAGUGUGUAAGAUGGGCUUCUCGCUGCUCACGUCGCUGGCACAGCACCACAACGCGCACAACAGCGGAAACCCCAUGAAGUGCUCCAUCUGCGAGAAGACCUACCGGCCCGGAUCUUCAGGAAACGCCACGCCGACCUCCUCAGGCAGCACCAAUCCAGCUCAGCCUUCCAGCGACGGCGCGUCAGCGAGCAGCAGUGCGGCGGUCGGUACUUCUGGACAGCCCACGUUCGAGUCCUCGGCUCCUUACAGGCCCUACAAGUGCUCCGUGUGCUCAAAGGGGUUCCGGCAUCUGUCAGAACUGACACGACACGAGCGCGUGCACACGGGCGAGAAGCCGUUCAAGUGCGAGACGUGCGACAAAAGCUUCAGCCAACAGUCACACCUGCAGCACCACCAGCGCACGCACAGUUCGGAGCGACCGUUUAAGUGCGCCGUGUGCGAAAAGAGCUUCAAGCACCGCUCGCACCUUGUGCGGCACAUGUACGCGCACUCGGGCGAGCACCUGUUCAAGUGUAACGUGUGCGAGCUGCACUUUAAGGAGUCCUCCGAGCUGCUGCACCACCAGUGUCAGCCGCAGGGCGCGCGGCCGUUCCGCUGCGCCACGUGCGGCAAGGGCUUCAAGCGGCCGUCUGACCUGCGCCAGCACGAGCGCACGCACUCCGAGGAGCGGCCGUAUCACUGCGACGACUGCCAGAUGAGCUUCAAGCAGCAGUACGCGCUCGUCCGUCACCGCCGCACGCACACGGCCUCCGGAGACCGACCUUUCAAGUGCAACCUGUGCGACAAGGGCUUCCUGCAACCGUCACACCUGCUUUACCACCAGCACGUGCACGGCAUGGACAACCUGUUUAAGUGCGCCUCGUGCGGCAAGGGUUUCAGCCAGUCAGGCGAGCUGCUACGGCACAAGUGCGGCGAGAGUUCGAACACGCCCACCAACCCGGACAAACCGUACAAGUGCGACGUCUGCGGCAAGGCCUACAAGAAGGCCGCGACGCUGCAGCGCCACCAAACCACGCACUGCAACGAGAAGCCUCUGAAGUGCUCGCUGUGCGACCGCCGCUUCCUCUCGUCGUCAGAGUUCGUGCAGCACCGCUGCGACCCGUCGCGAGAGAAGCCGCUCAAAUGCCCAGACUGCGAGAAGCGCUUCAAAUACGCGUCCGAGAUGAACCGCCACCGACGCGUCCACACCGGCGAGAAGCCGUACAAAUGCGCCAGCUGCGACAAGGGCUUCAAGCAGCGGGAGCAUCUUGCCAAACAUCAAAGCGUACACUCUAGGGACGCGCAGUUCAAGUGUGUGUGGUGCGGCGAACGCUUCGCUGAUCUCGGCUUGCUCCAGGAGCACACGGUCCAACACACUGCCGAAGGAGGCGGAUACCCAGUCUCUUCUCUUAUUCAGUAAACCAUGUGUUUUGUUUGUUUUUUUAAUAUUAUUUUUAUUUUAUCUUUAGAUAGCUCCAAAUACUAAGCAAGUGGUAUAAUCUCGUCGUCUUCGUUACCUACGUAUACAUAAUUCCUUCGUUAUUCCGUUGUUGUAUACCAUUUCAUCUUGGACAAGCAAUAGGUGCUGAAUGUUCGAAGCAUCGUUCUCUUUCUAGCCUUGAUUUAAAGCUCAUUUUGUUACAAUUCAAGGGGAAAUAAUGAAGGACAAACUUUCCAAGGUGAGCAAACGGAGGGGGAGGAAGGAAGGAAGGGAGGGAGGGAGAGGCUGUCUCAUAGCUGCCAGAGAUGAAGAAACGAGAAACGGCUCCCUUCUGGAGUCUUUACACCAGUCUUUCAGUUUGGUAUCCAGUUCGAUUAUGCUUUUAUGUCAGAACUCUGGACUUUUUAUAUUAAAAAAGAAAAAAAAAUACCCCAUAGUUGAGAGUAGCUAGUGAAAUUUUAGACGUAAUUAGUGUGCUUCGUUUGAGUUUCGUUUGCAGCUACAGAUUCUUUUCUACCAAUCAAGAACGACUCGAGGGGAAAUUAGUCACUCGCCCGCUAACCAUGUCCUGAAAAGAAGAAUUGUGUGUGUGUGUGUGUGUGUGUGUGUAUAUCUCUCCUCACAUCACGGUUUCAAAGUGUAUUGCCUGCUUUCCGACACCUCAGCUAGACCUAGCUGACCAGACAGGGGUUAGCCGAUAUUGUGCUGUUAUGAUAUUAUGAACUAUUCAUGCCGUCUGUAAGCGUGUCGUCGUAUAUAUGUGCCCUUCGAUGUGGCAGAAAUUGUAUGUACCAAAAACAAAACGAAGUACUGUAUGACACCCCAGAAGGGCACGUUGUUAGCCAGGUAGUCCAUCACCGUCUCUGCAUUUCACUGCAAUAUACGUAAAUAAAUAAAUACACUAUAUAGAAAUAUAUACGUCACUCAUGUAUACAUACGGUUCAUAUUUCCAUAAGUCUGUCUAUCUGUCCUGAAGCAGCUUUGUGUUACAUAGGUUUUUAUUUUUUCUCGUCCGGUCUUUUAGUCUUUUCUUAACCUUUUUUAUAGGGUUUUUUAUUUAUUUAUUUUUUUUUUAAUGUGGAACUCACUCUGUCUUUUUUUCUUUGCUUUGAUGGCAUUUUGAUGAUGGUGGUGAUCAUGAUGGUGUCAUACUAUGGAAUCAAUUUUGUGCCAAAAUGUUCAAACCAAACCAAAACGACAAAAUACAAAAAAAGAAAAAAAAGUCAAUUUUUUUUAGACUGGCAAACAAAUUAUUCGUGUAAUCGUGCAAAAUAUUCAGAAACCUUUUAUUUUUGUUCCGCGUCUUUCUCAGUUUUGCUUGACGUAAUUUAUUUUGGUUGCGAUUCCAGCUUUCUCGUUUGCGCUCCCAG